AUGUCUCAUUUGGCCAGCCUUUCCGAAGCACCACCAGACGCCGCCUUCGCCUUGAUUGAAGCAUACAAGGUAGAUCAUUCACCGUUGAAAGUUGAUCUGAGUCCCGAUUUCUAUCGUGAUGAAAAUGCAAGGCCCUGGAUCUUGCCAUCGGUACGAAAGGUAAUGUAUCUCAUCAAUGCUUUGUUAAAAUCAAUCUCUACUAAUCAUGUCCCGGCCAAACAAGAGUUACUGGAUGACCCGACUGCCGACCACGAACAUUUACCUAUUCUGGGCCAUCCCGAACUACUCGAGGGUGCCCAAAAGCUUGUAUUCGAUGCAACACCUGAGGAUGCAUCUACUAUCGCAAGCAUCCAAACCAUCGCGGGCACCGGGGCAAAUCAUUUGGGUGCUUUGUUUUUAGCAAAAUUUAUCUGCCCGCGCAUAGUCUGGAUCUCAGAUCCCACUUGGAUCAAUCACGAGGAAAUUUGGAAACUUGCAGAUCCCGAUAUCAAACGUGAGAUGUAUCCCUACUUUAACAAGGAGAUAUUGGAUAUCGAUUUUGGAGGCGCCACGUCUACUAUGUCUUCCAUAGUCGGAGAAGGUGAUGUUAUAAUUCUGCAUGGCUGCGCACAUAAUCCCACGGGACGGGAUUUCACAAAAGAACAGUGGAGGGCCAUUGCCAGCAUCUGCGAAGAAAAGAGGCUUAUUCCGUCCUUUGAUCUUGCCUAUCAGGGGUUUGCAAUUGGAGAUUUGGAUGAAGAUGCUUGGUCCAUAAGAUAUUCCUUCCGAAAUACUUCGCUAGAAUUGUUGGUAGCGCAAUCCUUCUCCAAGAACUUUGGUCUGUACGGGGAGCGUAUAGGCGCGCUUCACGUCGUGUGCCGGACAAAUGACACUCGAACAAAAGUCGUCAACAUGCUCACACGUCUAUCUCGUGCCGAGAUUACUACUUGUCCUAUAAAUGGUUCCAAAAUUGUAGCAAAAGUGCUUGGAAAUAAGGACUUGAAGGUCCAGUGGCAGCACGACUUACUCCACAUGAGUGAUCGCAUGAGGACGAUGCGAUAA